AUGCUCGAAAAAAUCACAAAAGUGUACGCCAACCAUGGCAUGCCCAUCGAGUGCGACAUUUAUACCCCCUCGGAGCCCGUGCCAGAUGCGCCGGUCGCUCUCUUCUUCCACGCCGGCGCGCUGAGCGGAUGGGGCCGGGAUUGCGUCCCGCCAUGGCUGGCACAGACUUGUUAUAAGCAAAAGUGGCCGCUCAUCAGUGCGAGCUACCGCCUCAUGCCGCAGACGGGCACCGACGGCCUGGCGGAAGAUGUUACGGCUGCUUACGACUUUGCGCAGAACUGGGACUGCAGCGAUGGGGAAAAGCGACGAGUCAUCGUGGUAGGAGCCAGUGCAGGCUUCUUCCUGGCCUCCUACCUCGGCCGCAACGCCAACCCGCCACCCGUCGCCCUUUUUUCCAUUGCCGGCAUCAACUCCUUUACGGAUCCCUUUUACAGCUCCUCGGUGCUUGUAACACCAGAACCGACGCCGUACUCGGCCGUCGCACCCGCCCUCGACGCCGACUCUCCCCUCGUCGUUGGCCGGUCCAUUCCCAACGGCCACGAAAACGCAAGCAUCUUUCGUCCCGAGGCACUACUGGAAGACGGGACCCGCGACCGGGAUUUCCAGCUCCCCGUUGCCGAGGAGGACACGCGCACGGAAGCGGAGAAGCGGCUGUGGGACGCGCGCUCGCUGCUGUACAGGUACUUUAUCCACCAGAAUCGCUGGCCGGCGCUGACGGCGGCGCUGGACGGCGGGAGGGAGUGGCGCGGGUGGGAGCGGGAGCGCAAGGAGAAAUGGCCGCGGACAGUGGUGGUGCACGGGAGCGGGGACGCGGCGGUGCCGCUGCGGGUGAGCGAGGAGCUGCGCGAGGUGAUGGGAGGGCAGAGGGUGGAGGUGGUGGUGGCGGAGGGCCAGGAUCACUUGUUUGAGAGGGCCAUGUUCUUGGAGGAGCAGCGGCCGGGGAUGGAUGCGGUGCGGGAGGCGGUGGCGAAGCUGGUCGAGGUUGUGAAGAAGGCGUGA